AUGCCGAGCGCGGCCGGGAACUGCAGCGCAUGCGGCGGCACGCGAGCCGCCUUUCUGGCGGCCGACUGCUUGAUCCUGGCCAGCACGGCGACGGCAGGGCUGGCGGCCAACGCCUGGGUGAUCCUGGCCGUGUGCAAGCGCAAGAGCCUGCGCACGUGGACCAACGCCCUGGUGCUCAACCUUGCGGCCGCCGACGUCCUGCGAUGCGUCUGCGACUGUCCAGCGCUCCUGGCCGUCCUGCUGCUCCGGGACGCCGGGCGUGGGCUGUGCGACUUCCAGAUGGCCUCCUUCUCCUUCGGCUGCUGCGCGCAGCUCUCCACCUUGGCCUGCAUCGGGGCCGAGCGGUACCGGGCCGUGGCGCGACCCUUCGAAGUGGGCGAGAGACGGCGGCAGAUCCGGGCGUCGGUGCCGCUGACGUGGCUGUCGGCCGCCCUGGUGGCCUGCUUGUGCCUGACCUACGCUAAGGACUCGCCCGUGCACGCCAGGUGCGACGGUUGGCCGCCGCCGUCGUCGUCCUACGACACCUUUGGGAUUUACGCCCUGUUCCCAAUGUGGGCGGCCUGCUUGGGCGUCAUCGUUGGCUUCUACGGCCGUAUCUUGGUCCUCGUCCGCGCACACAAUCGCAGGGUAUUCGACAAGGGCGUGUUCCCCGUCUGCCAGAAUGACAAAGCGGGAGAGGCCGGAGGCGAGGAGCCGCGCCGAGCUGAGGCCGAUCCGGCGCCGACAAAAGCGCCGAGAGAGGAGAGCGGGUCGAGCGCCGACGAUCCCGGAGCUCCAUCCGGCCGGAAAGAGGGGGCCGCGGCGGAGCCGUUUCACGGAGACCAGGCGCCCGCCCAAAAGAGCCCGACCCAAGAGCCGGCGACGAGCCUUCACGUAGUGGCGGCCAACAUACAAGGCGCCGUCUGCAUGAUGCCGCCCACCGCCAGCAAGGAGAGAAACGUCAAGAGGAAGGAGAGCAAGAUGGCCAUACGGACAGGUUACAUCAUCCUCACCUUCCUCCUCUUCUGGACGCCGCUCGUCACCACCGUACUCAUCAACUGCAUGCGACACGGCAACAGGAACACACAGGACGCCACCAAGCAGGAAGUGGAGAUCCUGUGCGUGUCCAUCGCCUGCAUGACAUCACUGAGCAACCCGAUAACCUACGCCGCGGUCAACCCUCACUUCCGCACCGAGUUCUAUCGGCUGAAAAGCAAGAUGUCGUCCUGGUCUGUGGCGGCGGGCCGCUGACGUGGGUCCCGCCGCCCGACUCAAUCGGCGCGCCCGUUGGAUGGCAUCGCGGAUGCAAAACAACCUCAAAAAGGAGCCGAAAAUGGGCCCGAGCGGCUCUGCGGGAGCGCCUGAGGCCCGCGCCACCCGCCGGGUCGCUCAGGUCCAAACAUGUUCUCCCGCAGCACCUACUUAGCGAUUCUUCCCAUGAUAUGAGCUGCCCUUGUGCCUAGGAACCUUUAUGAGCGGCCUCUGCGUAGCGCCUUUGCUCUGGCCGGCACAUUGCCGGAAGCGCAUGCCAACCGGCCUUUCGCCCUUCACCUCGCCCUGAUGGAGUUCACAAUUUGGAACGGAAAUGGAAGCGGCGGCGACGGCGGCGGAGUCGGCCAGCAGGGCUCAAUGCGACUGCGCCAAAGCAGCAAGCGCACGCGACGUUUUUCCUUGAGCUGGAUUCGAAUUGUUCACGUCGUCAUUCCGUCCGUCAUAAGUCUUCAUUUUCCAAGUCAAUUGAGCCAUUGUGCAUCACUUUGAAAUAAACAAUUGAAUUCAAUAUGCGAGUUGCUCUUGUUUUACAGUGUUGUGUGCAGAAGA